UACCAUUGGGUUGCCGACAGAUCCAUAGCAGGCAGCAGAGGAGGGCUGAGAGAGACACAUAUACAUCUCUGUCAAUGCAUGCGUGUGUGGGUGUGUGCAUGGGUUAGGUGAGCGAGGGUCAAUAGAUCUCACUACUCUGGCGCACAGCUCAGAUGUUUACUGGAAAUGAAAACCAGGGGUGUUUAAAUUGGUUGUUCAGUCAAUGGGGUCUAGACAAGAGAUGAGACGACAAAGACGGUACUCUUGGCAACUAGCUCCUACGGCUACCCUACGACUACCCUGGUACUGCUGCUGGUACUACAUUCGUGCCUCGAAUAUGUUCAGCUGCAACCCCAUAUCGCUGUCUCCGACUCACUCUUGUGCAGGGAAAGGGGGAAGAAAGGAUCCUCCGAAAGAUUAUAAUUACGCAUGCUGUGUCAGUUGGUCAGGUUGCAGCAAGAGCCACCAGAGCCGCCACCACAACACCACACACACAUAUACACACAUACCGUAUACAGACUAUCAAAGUGCGAGUACAUUACAUGCAGUGUUGAUUAGCCAUCGCUACAGCACAGUCUUAGGGUCGCCUCGUAUAGUCAUAUACAUACAUACCUUAUCUUUCCACCCAACAUCUUUACUUGAACAUACGUACAUAUGCCUAUCAUCCAUCUGGACAUUUCUACUUCUUCGUGUGGUGGCGGUCAUUGCUAUGAUGUUCUAUGGUCCAGGAUUUAUUUGUUUGUCCUUCAACAACCCCUUUCUAUCUUUUUUUGGUAUUCGUCGCAGGUGUGCUCACUCAUAUGUUUAUUACGGCAGCUGUUUACUAAUAUACGCUGGCAGUGAGAAUGAGAGGUGCACAUAGAGAUGGGCUGUGAACUGCUAUGUACCGGGUGCAGACUUAGACCACUUCACCUUGCUGCAAUGCUCAGUCUUGUCAAGGUUAAACUAUCGUGCAACCAUCGCAAAAAUACGAGCUUGCACAUGUCUGUCUUCCCUUUAGUUUUCUACCCUACCUUAUUUUUC